UUUCAGCCUAGUAGUCUCCUGGUCUGUGGGCAGUAAUAACUCAUUUGGAAAUGUGGUGUUCACUCACCCUCUGUGGUGUUGUCGCUGGGAACUGCCCUCCAGAGCUGUUCCCAUUCGGCCAUCUUCCAAAUGCCUUCUUUAAAGAAGUUGGACAUAUGUGUUUCUAUGUAAGAUGGUAACCUAAAAUUGAGUGGAAUUAAAAUGCAGAUUCCUAUUGAUCAAGGAAAGGUACAUUAUCAUCCUCUUUAACUUCCUGUGAAAUACUACAAUAUUACUAUAUUUGAAGAGGGUAUGGACAAUGAAGUAUCUUCCUACAGUUAGAAUAUUUAUUUGGAGUUGACAUCUGAUUUGUAAUUUUGUUAAAUAUUUGUGGACAAGUGUGCGUUUAAUAUCUUGAGCCUUCCAUAGCAAACUUCUUUUUAAAAAUAAUAUUUUUAGAGACAGGGUCUCACUCUGUUGUCCAGGCCGGAGUGUAGUGGUGUGAUCAUAGCGCACUGAAGCCUCAAACUCCUGGGCUCAAGUGAUCCUCCUGCCUUAGCCUCCCAAGUAGCCAACACUACAGGCAACUACCACUCCGCCUGGCUAAUUUAUUAAAAACAUUUUUUUGUAGAGCUGGGUCUCAGUAUGUUGCCUAGGCUGGUCUUGAAUCCCUGGCAAGUGAUCUUCCCACCCUGGCCUCCCAAAGUGCUGGGAUUUCAGGUGUGAGCCACUGGCCUGAGUCAUUAUUUUGAUUCAAAGACAGGAUUAAACCUAUAGCCCUUAAGCCUGUUCCUAAAAAUAAUACUGAGAUAUAUCUUAGCCUUGAUUUUUUCCCACUUUUUAAUUUCUGUAUUUAGCCAAAAGGAUAUUAAAGAGUAGAAUAGGAGACAAACUUUAGAAAUACAGGGAAAAGAGAGUAGUAAUUGUUAUAUUCUGAAUAUAAACUGUUACUUGGAUACUCAUCAGUAUUUGAUUUCUAGGAGGGUGAAUAUAUAGGGAGUAAGUGAAUUUACAAAGAAAAGGGUAUAGGGUAGGCCCAGCUCUUUAUAGAACAAUCAAAGUUUCAGGACAGUUUCCUAGGAACCUCGAGUUUUCUUCAUGUAUUAUUUAUUGUUUAGUACACAGAGGUGACCAGCAUUGGAAUUUAUCUGACCUUAUUGCCUGCAUUUUUUUUCUAGGUUACUACCUAUUUGCAAUUCAAGGAGAAUACAGGAUAGAGAAGAAAGUAGUGAAUGAAUUUCAUUUGAUUUGGAAUAGAUUGGACACUCUAAUGGUCUUGCCUCUCUACAACCUCUCUUCCAUAUGACCUCUAAAUGUUGAAGUGCUUCAGGAAUUGUCUUAGACCUUCUUCCUUAUCUACAAUUCCUCUCCAAUAUGAAAUUCUCUUCCCCCAGCUGAUGUCAAGCCUAGUUCAUUUGCAUUUUUGGCAUUUCAGCUCAACUGUCAUCUCAGUGACCAGUUUUUAUCUGAGCAUGAAUCUUGAUGGCUCUGCACAAGAUCCUGAAGAGAGGGAAGGUUCUUCUGUCUGUGUUGGCAGAGAAGAUGACAUUAAAAAAUCUGAAAGAAUGACAGCUGUUGUCCAUGAUAGAGAAGUGGUCAUUUUCUACCACAGGGGAGAAUAUCAUGCCAUGGAUAUUCGCUGUUACCACUCAGGAGGACCUUUACAUUUGGGAGAUAUAGAGGAUUUUGAUGGACGACCAUGUAUAGUUUGCCCCUGGCAUAAAUACAAAAUUACUUUGGCAACAGGAGAAAGUCUGUACCAGUCUAUAAACCCUAAAGAUCCAUCAGCAAAACCCAAGUGGUGCUCCAAAGGAAUAAAGCAAAGGAUUCAUACAGUGACAGUAGACAAUGGGAAUAUUUAUGUGACUCUUUCUAAUGAACCUUUUAAGUGUGACUCUGAUUUUUAUGCCACUGGAGACUUCAAAGUAAUUAAGAGUUCUUCCUGAACAAAAAAUAUGUAGCAAUGAAAAAUAUUGUGUAUGCUUAAAAACAUUUUUAGAAUAACUCUGCUUUAGUUUUAAAGGUGAUGAUAUUUUUCACUGUAGGCAGAACAAUUUAAAAAUUAUGUAAAUUUGAGAGGUUAAAGAGCAUACAUACUUAGUAUGAUGUAAGGAUUAUCAUCAGGAUCAAUAGAAUACAUUUUGUCUAAUCCUCUGGAUUAAUUAGAAGCUGAAGGUUAUAGGUUUGGGAUGUUCUGUUUAAGAAGGAUGAAAAUAAAUUUGUAGUAAACAAAAUAAAUAAUAUGUAAAAAUUAAUGUUUAGUCAGAAAAAAAUUUUUAAUUUAAAAAAUUUAAUUUUUAAAAUAGGAAAAAAUCCCUGUUUGACAUAGUAGACUUUCUUCUGGAAAAGUUUUAAUAUAUACAAAGUAAACAGAAUAUAUAAUGAACUUCCAUCACUCAGCUCUAACAGUUAUUAGCAUUCUUCUAUUCUUUUUUUAUUUAUACCUCUGUGGAUUCCCUACCUCUCCUAUUUGAUUGUUAUUUUUAUAUUUUUGGGUAAAUUUUAAAUACAUUGAAAUGUUCAAAUCUGGACUGUACAAUUCUCCCAAAUAAUAUAGCAGACUCUUUAUACUUAAAAAAUGCCUCCACAAAUGAGCUAAGUUUACCUGCCAAACUUGAAAAUAAGAAACUUAACCACUGUGCUAGACAUUAAAACCAAAUAAACCUUGGGUUAGUUUCUCUAUGAUCAAGGCAGAUCUUGAAAUAAGGAAGCCACACACAGCUGCUGCUGAGCCAUUGGAAAUGUAAAGUCUCCUAUUCAAUGAGCCAGUGUACUUUGAAUGCCUAUAUGAAAUUUUCAAAUAAAGGUUUUCAAUUUUUUUUUAGAACUUUGUGAAUAUAUGCACAACUAAGUGUUUCCUAUAAAUGUUUUAGAGAGGAAAUCUAGGGUUCUAUUCCUUGGAGUUCCCAGGCAAGGCUGAUGUUCAGUUGGUUCACCCUGGUUUUCUCAUGUCAGUUAUCUGUGGUAAGUACUGUUCUGUUGCCUGGUGCUAUUAUACUGGUUGUUAUGUAUUUAAAAUAAUGCCCCGAGCAUCCACCAUAAAAAUCAGCAGCACAUAGUGGUAAUUUUUGCAUGGUCGGUGUUCAUGCAAAAAUCACCAUUAUUUGGGACAAGAAAUAGCUAAAAUGAGUAGACGAUGAAUUCAGAGUGAAAAGAACUGUUUGUCAAGAUUGGAACCUAGUCUCAAAGAACAGUAAUAUUUUUAGUGGAAUGGAAUUAAAAUAAGAAUCUAAACGUAAUACUUAACAUUCUAAGGAGCCCACCUGGACUCUUUCCCUUGGUUAUUAUAAAAGUAGUAAAUGAAUAAGGUCUGUAUGGUAAAGACUCUGCUUACAGGGACCUUUGCUACAUAUUAUCACACUUCCUUUUCUGUUGGAGUAUGGGUAGCAUAAGUAGCACUUGGUCCUCAUUUCUCAGACAACCAAUGAGCCAGACUUGGGCUUUGUAUAGAUACUGUUUAUGGUAGCAGCUACUCACUAAGUACAGAAAAUGUCCUAUCUCUCAGGAAGGUUUCUAAUCCUUCAUCCCAGAAGGAUUCGAUCAUGUGAUAAUCCUUCAAUGCUCACUCAGGUCUUAACACGUGUCCAGAAUGGAAAGUGUAUAGAAGAAAUCAAAGUACUUUCUGCAGCCAAAAACUGUAGCCCUGGUUUGCAGGAAUAAUUACAGAAAUAUCUUCUCACAAAAGCCACUGGCAAUAGUGAGUAAUGUGCACUUGAAUUUUCAUUCUAAAUUUGUAUCUCUAAAUCUAGAAAUAAAAAAAAUCAUAUCAUGUCCUGUCUUCAUAUACAGAAAUCUUCUCAUCACAUUUGUAAAUAAUACUUUGUUUUAUAAAUUUAUGGCAUCUAUGAAUUGCAAAUCCUUCCAUGAUUUAUAAAAUAAUAGGCAGACUCAAACUCUGCAGGCUGUAUAUAAAAAAUAAUAUUCUUUUA